UUUGCCUAAAUGCUGGCAAACAAUGGAAGUUCGUUGCCUGAUGACGCUCGCCGAUAUCCGAAGUGCUCUAUCAGUGCAGUCUACACUUGACGACUUUGAAGUGAUUAAAGCGAUCCUUGGAAUUUUAUAUAAUAUUUUUGUCAAAAGGUGUACUGACCAGCAAAGGAUGCGACAGUGUUUCAUUGUGCUUCGAUUCAACGCAGCUUAAUUAUUACAUGUUUUCAUAUUUAACCAUAGUCAGUCGCGGCGUUGAUUACUACAUCUGAAUUUGCGUUUUGAUCAGUCGGCAAACGUGGCGCCGAAGAUCGCCGCUUCAACACAGCUUUCCUUGGUGAUCUGUGACUUCGAGCAGAGCAGCAGAUCCGGAGCAUAUCCUGCAAAAUAUUUUUUCCGCGGCUAGGAUUAUACACUGGCUUCAAAACGGCACCCAUAGAGAACGACGGACCUGACACCAUGUACAACGUAAACCUAGAUAACGUCCUUGAACGGCUUUUGAAGGUGCGGAAAACAAAAGCUCUUUACGUCGACCUUAAAAUGGAAGAAGUACAAUAUGUCAUUGAUAAGGCUCAAGAGAUCAUUUCUUCUCAGCCUAUGCUUAUCGAGCUCGAUCCGCCUCUACACAUUUGUGGAGACACGCACGGCCAAUUUCACGAUCUUCUUCGUAUUUUAAACCACGGAAAACACCCUCCUAUGGCUAACUAUCUAUUUUUGGGUGACUACGUCGACCGAGGUCGCAAUUCUAUUGAGGUGUUAUGCCUUCUAUUGAUCUAUAAAAUAAAAUAUCCCGGAAACGUCUUCAUGCUACGCGGUAACCACGAAUCUGUCCGGAUUAAUUCAAUGUAUGGAUUUCUUACGGAGUGUAGACAUCGGUACAAUCUCGAGCUCUACAACAAGUUUAACGAUCUAUUCGCAUGGUUCCCGCUUGCCGGUCUGGUUGCUGAUAAAAUAUUCUGCUGUCAUGGUGGGCCAUCUCCUGAUAUCCAGACGUGGGAUGACAUUCGCUCAUUACCACGGCCUAUGCUCGACGUCCCGGAUCACGGCAUCGCAUGUGAUUUGCUUUGGGCGGAUCCUUCCCCGGGCAGUGGUUGGGUUCAGAGUGAUCGUGGGGUAUCUUACCUAUUUGGAGCGGAUGCACUGGCCGGUUUUCUUCAACAAAUGGGCCUCGAUUUAGUCGCCAGGGCACAUCAGGUUGUAGCUGAAGGCUACGAAUUUUUUGCGGAUCGACAGCUCGUCACGAUAUUCUCGGCACCGAAUUAUUGUAAUGAAUUCGAUAACGCCGCUGCUAUGAUGACGGUAACGUCAGAUCUUACAUGCUCGUUCCGAAUUCUUCGGCCAGUAUCACGCCAGACGAGUUAAAUAACGAGAUGGAUCUCCUGGCCACCGUGACCUACCGCAGACGGCAAUGAAAGUCUAGCCAACGGUUCCAUUCAUCGGAGGCAAAGAUAUUGACGUUGACGCCUUCCAAGACGGCAUAAUGGAACAAAUGGAGCUUUAUCGUACAGUUCAAUAAGCACAGAAUUUUGGCUGUUAUUAUUUGAAUAUCGUGGAACUCGUGAACUAAUAAAGAAAUGUGCCUUUCCGUCA